GUCGCAUGAAUUGUUCUACAUAGAUAUUCCUUCUCUAUACCUGCGCCUCUCCUUGAAUUUCACACUAUCACGAAUCAAACUAGACCGAGUCGAAGAGGAAGAGGAAAGGAAGACAAACAAUGGACAAUCAACAUCCGCAAUACCUCGAACCAAGCGAAUUGGGGACUAAGGAGUACUGGGAAACAUACUACGAACGGUCACUAGAACACAUCGCAUCCAAAACGAAAACACGAACGAACCCAUCCAACAAUAAUACUGAAGAGAAAGAAGAUGACGACGACGAUCCCGGCACAUCCUGGUUCUCCGAACACGACGCCCCGAGCAAAAUCCUUCGAUAUUUAACAUCACGCAAAUUCCCGCUUUCGCCUCGAAAUAUUCUUCAGAAGGGAAGCAGAAAAAGAGAGCCGAGUAUAUUAGAUUUGGGCACCGGGAAUGGUAGUAUGUUGGCCCUGUUAAGGAAACGGGGUGGGUUUAAGGGGGUGAUGGUUGGUGUGGAUUAUUCGGAGAAGAGUGUUGAAUUGGCGAGGGAGUUGCAGAGGUUGAGGCUGCAUAGUGCUUAUGAGAGUGGUGAUGAUGAUGAUUACGACGACGACGACGACGAGGAGGAGGAGAGAGAAGAAGAAGAAGUGGUGGUUGCAUCUACGAAUGAUUCAAAUACCGUCCAGAUUGAAGAAGGUAUACCAGUGCAAGAUCAAGACAUUCGAUUCGAAGAGUGGGAUAUCCUCGACCCGGCCAAUGAAAAUCUUCUAAGCAAUACCACCGCAGAGAAGAAACUAUCAUGGUUUCCCUACGAAACAGCAGGAUUCGACAUUGUCCUUGACAAAGGCACCUUUGACGCAGUCUCAUUAUCCGACGAGACAACCACAGCAAACUCACGCAUAUGUCAUCAAUACCCCGUCGUCGCGAGCAGACUUGUUCGCCCAGGCGGGUUUCUGAUUGUGACGAGUUGUAAUUGGACCGAGGAUGAGUUGGUGCGUUGGUUUACUUCCGGAAGCAAGACGGAGUUGGAGGUUUGGCACAAACUGGAGUAUCCGCGAUUCAGGUUUGGGGGUAUGGAAGGGCAGGGAGUUUGUACAGUGUGUUUUCGGCGGAGGGAGUUAAUCAGGACAUGA